AUGGCCGCUACCGCAGCGGGUGAGUCGUGCUGCAGCGGUGCGAAACGCAGCGACGAGCCGUCGGUUCAGUCCCGGGAGAUCAUUAAACCCUCCAUAACGGAGCUGACUAAAGUGCGGACCAAUAUCCUGUGUACGGUGCAAGGAUGCGGCAAAAUCCUCCCCAAUACCCCGGCGCUCAACAUGCACCUCGUCAAGUCCCACAGAGUCCAGGAGGGUAUCGUCAACCCUACGGUACGAAAGGAUAUGAAGGGUUCACAGAAGCUCUACUGUUGUCCGAUAGAGGGCUGUCCAAGAGGACCCAACAGGCCUUUCUCCCAGUUUGCACUGGUUAAGCAGCAUUUUAUGAAGAUGCACGCAGAGAAGAAGCACAAAUGCGUAAAGUGCAGCAAUGGUUACAGCACAGAAUGGGACUUGAAGAGGCAUGCCGAGGAUUGCGGAAGGACCUACAGUUGUACGUGCGGUUGUCCGUACGCAAGUCGAACGGCACUGUUGUCGCACAUCUACAGAACUGGUCAUGAGGUUCCCAAAGAGCAUAGGUAUCCGCCCGUCAAGAAAAGAAAAAUGGAGAAACUAUCUCGCAGUGCAACAAAACUUGAGACUAAUGGACAAACUUUUGAAAUGGAAGUCACAGAAGGAGCAGUUCCUGCUGAAGGUGCAUCCCACACUCCAGAUUUACCACAACACCACCCUGUCCAUUCUAAAAACCUCCAAAAGCUACUCCUGCCCAUGCCUAAAAUGUCUUUGGUCAAUGUCCCCGUGAUGCAGUUGGCACACUUGCCUGUCCUUCUCCCGCCAGCAGAGAGUGGCGCUUUGAUGUCCGUGGUCUUGACGGUGGACGCGCAAGGGUCCGUGAGUACCUUGCAUUUCAUGCCUCAGUCGCUUGGGGCAGUGGUACCUCCGUUAAACACUAAAAGUUUCAAAGAAACCAUGCCCGUUUCCAGAGCAAACCUGGAUGCCAUCAGUACAGGGAUCCAAGUCAAUCUAGAAAACCUGGUCUCCGUUGAUGAACCCGUUAACGAUUUGGGAUCGAGAAGUAAAAGCACCUCAACCAACAUUCAAACAGAUAUCUCAUUCCUCGGUAAGGGAUCUGUCGGAGGAGUCAAUAUCGGUCCCCCGAGUGAGGCUUCGGUCUCCUCUGGUUCUCAAACUGACAUUAGUGUGAGCGCCCAGAUCCAGCUACCGGUCAAUGUGCAAACUCAGACGUUCCCCUUGAGGUCCAAAGUCACAUCUUCCAUUGGGGCACAAACUGAAUUUCUCAGUCAGAUACCUUUCCCUUCUGGUAACACAACGAGGGAAACUCAGACAAGUUGCUCCCCAGCAGCUUCAAUAAAUAAGACCCAAAUGGACCAAGCUAUAAUGUGCGCAAAUCUUUUUGAUUCCGAUAUGCUCAGCGUCUCUACACAGACUACAGUACAUGGUGGACCUUUUGGCGCCAGCGAUCUUGAUCCCAUGAGCACAGGAUCAGGAUAUUUUGAAGACAAAACCCCACCAUCCUUGUGCUUUGGAGCUCAGAGAGACAUUUUACACCAAAACCCGGUAGCCGACAAUCAGACUCAGACGAUGAACCUUUUCAGUGAUCUGGAGAACAUCCUUUCUGAAGGCAUGGCGAGUGGAGCUCAAAGCUGUGGAUCAGGCCUGGUUCCAGUGCAAGAGCAGCACACGGGUAUCGAUUUUGACUUCGAGGAUUUCCUCAACGCGACUCAUAUUCAGACUCAGACAGACGAGAGUGCCUUAGGAGGCCUGAGCUCGGAGACACCCCUGGAGCUCCUCGACAUUGAGACGCAAACCGACUUCCUCCUGCUUGAUAACCUCGGGGAUAACCAUCAUAGUGAUGUUGGCACCGGGGUCCAAACGAGCGACCUUGAGCUGGAGAUGUUUGACACGCAAACCCAAACAGAUCUGAACUUUCUUCUUGACCACAGUAGUCACAUGUCCCUGGGCAGCAUCCUAAGACACUCCAGCUUCAACAUGAGCACCGAGUCCUCAGACACCGAGACCCAGACCGACACCAGGGCUCCUCCUCCACUGCCUCUGCCCCUGUCCUGUUCCAAUGAUGGACAGAUCAGACUUAGCAGCACUGAAACCCAGACAGUCUCCAGUUCCUCCAGCCUAGGCCACCUUUUCUUAACCAGCAAUGAGACACAGACAGUCAUGGAUGAUUUCCUGUCAGCAGACCUGGCUUGGAAUAUGGACUCCCAUUUCAGUUCGGUGGAAACCCAAACCGGUGAAGAUCUCCUGUCUUUUUUUCAGCACUCGGACAAAGCCAUCAGCUGAGCUCUCUACCAUUCUAGCUCGUCUGUAGUGGAUGUGACGUAGGCAACGUUACGAAGGAACUGUUUCUGAUGACCCGCCCAGAGGUGGAUGCUUCGGGGCAGCAGAUGGAGUUCUCCCAACCGCUCAUCACCAUAAGGGGCUCAGUUUGGAAGGCACUUGUGGCAGUUGAGCUCACUUGUAGUUAUUCAGCAUCUUGAGUCAUUCCACUGCAAGUAGUCUCAAAGCUCAAAGAACUUUCGGUAGCCCUAUUCGGACAGGAUUAGGUUUACAUACAAGACCUAAAUUCUUUGCAUCAUUUGCCCUUCUCCUUUUAUUUCCAGACUGGCCACGUUGGUAUUUUUUGAUCACUUUAGUUUACUGCUACUCCCUAAUAUUUAGUCAACUAGUCUGCGUGUCUUUUUCCUGAAAUAUGAACAGAUGUAUCCUCUCUCAACAACAUAUUUGCUACGAGUCGUAUAACUUAGUCUCCGUACUCUCUACACUCAGAGUGCAUUAGCAGAAGAAAUACAAUAACUUAGAAAAAGUGUGAUCCUGAAUUAAAGGCCAAUUAAAAGAGCUGUUAUAAUGUCAGCUGCUGUUGUAAACCACUUUAUAUAGAGGACAUAUAUUACACAAUAUCAUGCGAAUUUAGUUUUCUAGUAGGGGUGUGGAUCUCCCUCUUUCCCUCAGCACCGAUAUGAUUCGACUGAGGUCUGAUCCAGUCUGAUUCAGUUCCAAAUUAAACUGAAAUGUAAGAUUUCCACCAUGGGGAAAGUCUUCAGGACGGAGGAAUUCUUGGUGACGUUUUGUUUUAUUAACUUGAAGAAAGAGGCAAAAACCGAAGGCUAGUGAGGGGGAGUAACAGGAUGAGUGAUAACAGGAACAAGUUUGUGUACAAGCUGGGGUCCAAAAAUUCCCAGAAUUGUUAACGACAACAAAAAAAAAAAACUAGUAUUCUAAAACUUUGAGAAUUUCUCAUCGAAUCCCCUUCGAAUCUGGCGAAUGUGGUAGUUGUUUCUGGUUAAAAACUCCUCGGUUGACGAGCUCCAAUUCUGGGUGCACCAAUUCUCCAGAUGGUUUUUUUUUCGUCACUCGAGAGACCGAGACUACGUCGAGCGCGGGCGCCACAUUCCAAUUCCACGGAUUUUUGGAUCUUCCCUCGUACGUUCCACAACAUGAAAUGUAGCUAUAAACAAAUAAUAAAAAAAAAAAAUCUGUUUAUAGCAUUUUGUUUAUAGCUAUAUCUGUUUAUAGCUACAUUAUGUUUAUACACCCCAACCCCCCCCCCCCCCCAAAAGAGAACACGUACAAAACAGUCUAUCACCUUGACAGAAAUUAAAUUUGAUGCACAGUAUAGGAUCAUAUGACCAUGAGUGCCCCAAUCGCACCUGGACGCAAAAGGAGACGCGUAAAGAAGUCACCGCGGACGUCCCGCAAAGAAACUAACCCGGUCUAAAUAGGGCUUUUAGCUGCACUUUAUCAUUUCAUAGCCGUCAUUCGACUUCUCCUUUAACGUGUUUGCUUUUAUUUUGCACAUUUGUUCAGCACUCUUUCUGUUUGAAAAUGGUCUGUUUUUUUUUUUUUAAUUAUUUUAUUAAAAUUUCCGUUCGAACAGAAUAUAUCAUUUUUCGGCGAUGAUGAUCGUGCUACUAUGUAGUCGUGAAUUUACAGUGUGGCACAAGUCUAAAAUCAUUAACUAGAAUGAUGUUCAUCUAAAAUCAGAUUUCUUUGUGAAAUUUGUAUAUUUUCUUGUUUGGCUGCACUGUAAGGAUAUUUUUGCAUUGUGCUUAAUUAUUAUUAUUAUUAUUAUUAUUACUAUUAUUAUUGUUGUUAUUAUUGUUAUGUUUACAUUUGUUAACUUGGUUUCUAAUUGUUCAAAAGAGAUGUCUGUUAUUGUAUUUAAACAAUUUUGGUUCUUACGGAUAUUUUUGCUCCGGCUACAGCAGAAUAUUAUGUCGUAUCGCUCAUAACGCUCAUAACGGUUUAAAUUAUUCUAAUGUAUGCAUAUUUAUGCAUGUCGCAAAUAUCGGUGACCUUUAAGAGUUGAGCUCGCUACGCUAUUAUUAUUAUUAUUAUUAUUAUUAUUAUUAUUAUUAUUAUUACAAUGAUUUGCAUUCUGUACUGUGAGUGAUCUGACAUGCAAAUCGCAGUUGUUUACAGCAAGAUGGAACCUUUAACGAAAUAUAUUCACAGGAAGCAUGUAACGUCUCUCCGAAUGUAGGCGUUUUCACUUUAAGCACUACUUGCGCUCCAUGAUUAGCUUUCGUGCCGGUGCCUUAAUUUAAACGGUAAAUAUAAACACAUCUGACGUAAAGCUAUUUAUUUGAAAGAGCUAGCGGACCUUUUAUCCCUGUUCUUCUUCUUCUGCUCUUUCCAUUUUUCUCUUUCUGAACACUUUGUAGUGUAUUUAUUUGCGUGUUUAUUCAUCAUACCGCACUCCGUAAACACAUUUCGCCUGCCAUCGCGUCGUCUUAUUUCAGUAUUUAUAUUACAUAACAUAACACGGUUCGCUCCGCCUGCUUUUGGUCCGUCUUUUAUUCAUGUUUAUAUUUAUAAACCGAGCUUUCCACGAGCAACCGAAUGUAAAUGUCACCGUGUCGUGUUGUAACCGAAAGGUUCUCAGCCAAGGCCGACAUUCGCAUCCGAACACUAUAUACUCUAGCAGGAACGAACGCAAGCAUAUCGUCGUAGAUUACUUGAAAUUGUCCGUAUACACUCUUGGUUUUCAGAAGAGCGUGCAUGCAGUCCUGGUUGUGCCAAGAACAUGUCUUGAGUUCAGUUACAUUUGUUUUGGUUGUUGUUGUUGUUGUGUUUUCUUCUAAUAUUAAAAAUGUCUUAAGUUGGUCACGUGCGUACUUUAGGGUUUUUGAUGUACAAGAUGAACCCUGUGUCGUUUGGUCGUUUAGGCUAGGCUGCAGCAGUCGCUCAAAAUAAAAUUCUAUCCAGAACAACUAUGAUUUGACUGUGUUAUUACUGUUCAGACUGAAUAAUCGUGACCAUGUUAGACGGUGAACAAAUCAUCAUAAAUUCCAUAGCUAUAGCUAGGCCACUGGGCUUCAGUGUGCUUCCCAGUCCUAUGUUUUCUGCUUGCUCGGAAUGGACCAGGGUGAAAUAAGUGCAUUAAUACAGACUAAGGGCAUGAACGAGUGUCUAAAUCCCCUUGUUCCUCACGUCGUCCUUGCGACCUUGACCGAAAAGUCGUCGCUGAACGCCUCGGCGACGUCCUCGUUCCUGCAUCGCAAGUAAAACUAUUAUUAAAGUCUACCUAGCUUCUUUAUUUAUUUGUUUUCUCUCUCUCUCUCUGUAUGUUUAAUUAAAGGUGAUGUAUUGUGCAUGCUACGCUAGCAGGUGAGUUAUGACGGCUUUACGACGGUCAGGAUUCGGAACAGUAAGUUUUCCAAAGUCAAUACGACGUAGGGUUUCUUAUCUUCCUCUGGUCGUUAUACGUGUGUACUCGUCUGCCGGGCAACUACGAAUAAAAAGUGCUAAGUCUUUCUUUUUCCUUACCAUUUAAUGUUAUUACUUUACAGGUAAGUAUCCCAUGCCGAGCGCACACGGUGUUCAAACCAGUUCCCGUUUGUUUGGAUACGUGCUUUUAAAUUGUCGGCUUUAAUCCUACUCUCGCGGUUGGACGCUGACCCUGUCGAUAAGACAUAACGUUAGACGUGCGGAGGAAAGGAGAAAACGCCUCACGAUGAACAGGUAAGAAUUACAAACCCUGGAAGCGAAUCGUGUCGGCUGGACGUGUUCGAAAUUCAGCGUGCCAGCAUUUCUGAACACGGGCGUCUCUUAAAUCUGGUGCAAAGAGGCGUGUGAGGCCCCGUGACGGCGAGAAAGCGUUAGAAUGUGGCGCUUCAGUUGCUGGGUAACUGUGAGGUCUCUCUCGAGCAGUCAUGAGCUCUAGACUGCAAACAAUGAAGGUCUUUUACCGUGUAUUUUAACUUCGAGUUCCCAUGGUCAGGGUGAUGGAUUUAACGGCUCGUCUAUGUCUCAUUGAAUCUUCUUCGAGGGGGAAAAUGGACGAUAUUUAAUAUAUUUUUAUCCUUUGGUAUUCGCUCACUUGAACUUCGUGACAUUUUGAACUGAAAUCAGUUGAAUUAGGAAUAUAUUACACAAAAUAGCCCUUAAUAUUAAAGUGAAAGGGGGAAGCAGUAUAGUUUGCGAAAUUAUUUACAAAAUAAACGAGCAUGGAAUGUUAUGAUCGCGUAAGUAUUCGGCCCCGUUAGGGCGCUUUCCGACGAUCUGCGUUUUGCUCGUCACGCACCGCUGAGGUUCAUGAACCGCACACCUUAUGAGUUUUUACCGUGUGGUUGAAGCAGUGCAUCAAGAUGCGCUCGAAAACAUGGAUCAUUUCAGAAGGCUAGCUGAAUAUUAAAACAAAGUAAGGUCCUGGCUUUGGAAAACACGCGUCCUCGCUACCUCUGCGUAAGGUCUGCGUAAACUGGGUUAGAUUUGAAUUUGAGUAAACUAUCAGUGCUGCGGCAAGGCGUCAAGUCAAAGCGGUGCGUCCCGCCCGUAACGGCAUUACCCAUGAGAUCGCAUCGUUAGUUCUGGUGCAACCAGUUAGAAGUCACGUAGUGACUCAGAAGUCACGUAAUCUGGUGACUAGCAUCUACAUGUCCGCUGUUAAAAGCGUUACUGGUUCCUGGAAGAGAUGUUUGGUUUAGAGCGCGUGCCUACGCAAAUAUCAUGAAGGCCGAGGUGUAAUCGAAACAAGUCUAACCAGGCAAAGUUCUGGAAAAGUGUCAAUCAGGAAGUGAUAUUAAAUCCAUCGUUAAAGAAUUGAAGAAUGUGGAACAGCCGUCACUCUACCUAGAGGAGAGGUAGAUUUAGAUUAUUUUUUCCAGUAAGGUAAAAAAAAAAAAAGAAUAGGGGGGAAAUAGUCAAAUAAAGAAUGAGGUCCAGGGUAUUGCGCAAUAUGGUACUACCACCACCGUGCUUCACUGCAGAGAUCGUGCUCUAAGGGUCGUGAUUAGCGUCGUCCUUAUGCAAGGCACGGUUAGGGAUGAAAAUCUACAACUCGAGGCACAGCAGAGCAGCUCCGUCUAUAUUUAUCGUGCCGCGUAAACUUAAUGAAAUUAAAAUGAAUGAUUCGGUUUUCACUUUCAGGUGGUUGAAGUUUUGUGUUUUUGUCCAGGCGACCGGUUUGGACAUGUUUUUGUGUUUUUCAUUUGCUGAGGAAAGAUCUGCUCCAUUUCGUCAUACGUUCUGGUACAAAGCUAAAAAAAAAAAAAAAAACCACCCAUGGUUUGUUUGCCACAAAAGUGUUACUGAGCAUUACAGAUGAAAUGAAUUUCAUGUCGCUACACAUAAAUGAACCUGACAGCCUGUCUACCAUCUGUGGACGUCCAUUAACGUGAAGUGGAUAUAGUGUUGUUUUUUUUUUCUUUUUUUCUUCUUUAUUAACUUUUGUUGCAUGUUUCUCGGUCUUUACUCGUUAACUUUUUAUUCAUUCAGACUAAAUCAACGUGAGUCGAAUUUCAGGCCCGUUUUUGUUGCGUAUAAUUUGAGCAGAAGGGUGAGCUAUUAUUUCAUUAGCAUUCAUUUAUUCAGUUAAAAGGUUGCUGACAAACAGUUUUCCAUGAACAAAAUUCACACCCAUUUUAAAUCAUUGUGUUAAUCCCAGGACACCUGCGAAAUGGUGAACAAAUUCCUGAACACAUUCAUAUUUAUAGAUCAUACUUUUUA